AUGGAUGUGCUGUUACAGGAAUUGCUGACAUUCCAGGAUGUAGCUGUGACUACCCCAGAGGAAUGGCAGCUGCUUGAUUGUGAUCAGAGAACCCUGUAAUGGGAUGUGAUGCUGGAGAACUACAGAAACCUCAUCUUAGUGGGGUGUCCCAUUACCCAAACAAAAGUGAUCUUCAGGGUGGAGCAGAACUGGUGGCUGGUGGAGGGAGAGAAUUUACACUGGAGUUGUCCAGAGUAAAAUUAUAUGCUGACUGAUGAACCAGAGAAGCAUCAGGAAAGCAAAGACAGUUUUUUAAAGUCAAUUUUGUUCACUUUUAGUAAAAUUUUGACAAUGGAGAAACUCCACCAUUAUGAUAUGAACACAGAUCUUAAUCCUAGAAGAAAAAACCCACAUAACUGUAAAUCAUAGGGGAAGAAUUUGUAACCUAAUUUAGACUUACUUAAUUAUACUAGGAAUUAUGCUGGAGACAACUCUUAUGAAUGCAAUGAAUGUGGGAAAGCCUUCAAAAAUAAGUUUAAUUUCAUUAGACAUGAGAAAAACCAUAUAAAAAAUAAACCCUCUAUGUGCAGUGACUGUGGGAAAGCUAUCAUGCAAAGAAUCCAACUUGUGGCCCACCACAGACUUCAUACUGGAGAGAAACCUUACAAAUGCACAUGUGGAAAAACAUUCAUGUGGACCUCCUCCUUUAAUCAACGUGUGAAAUCUCACACGCUUGAGAACUCAUUUGAAUGUAAGGAGUGUGGGAAAACCUUCAGGUGUACUUCAUCCCUUUAUAAACACACGAAACUUCUUAAAGGAGAAAAACCUUACCACUGUACAGUAUGUGGCAAAAUCUUCGGCAACCCAUCUGUGCUUGUUACACAUCAAAGAAUUCAUACAGGAGAGAGGCCUUACAGAUGUACUGAAUGUGGCAAAGCGUUCUUCAAGAAGUCUCAUCUCCUUAGACAUCAGAAAACUCAUACAGGAGAGAAGCCCUAUGCGUGUAACAAAUGUGGAAAAGCAUUUACCCAGAAGCCAAGUCUUACUGUACAUCAGAAAAUUCAUACUUAA